AGCGAACAGCGCUGGGCGGAGCGCGAUUGGGGCUUGAGACUGGCUGUCCGGGGCGGGCGCGCGGGCGGCAGGAACUUGGCUGGGCCGGGCUGGGCCGGGCCAAAGCCGCCGCCUCCUCUCCCCUCCCUCUGUCUGCUUAAAGGUGCAGAAGCGCCCGCGCCGGGAGCCCGAACAGCAGCGCUCAGCCAGCGACCCCCGAAGGGAACCAGCCGCCAAGAAGGGGAGCCGCGAGCAGGAGGGACUGCGCCGCCAGCCGAGAGCAGCGCCGGGAGAUUUUUUCACGGGCCCGCCUGGCUGGAGUUGCGGUCACCGCAUUCACCGGAACUUUUCCCGUUUCGAAGGCUUUCGGAUAAGCCACACGGCAAAGUAGCCACUAACAAAGAUGGCGGCGGCGGCGGCUUAACAAACUACGGAGGGCGUACCGUGAUGUCAUCUCACAGCGCGGGAUGCAGCGGUAUCACUCCAUAUAACGUCCGGGUUAAAAGUGGAAGCAGUGCACGGACGACCGACUGCCUCUCCUUGGUUUAUUGUCUUUGGCACUUGGGUGCACCCAGAGCUGGCUUUGAGAUGUGGAGGCUACCGACCGACCCCUUGCUGAUUAAUUUCUUUGGCUCCCUUGUUGGCUUUGUAGCAACGCUGCUGCUUAUUCCAGCCUUCAAGGAUCACUUCAUUGCUGCCAAGCUUUUUGGGAUUGACUUGAACAAAACUUCCAAGCAACCCAUCCCGGAGUCCCAAGGUGUCAUCAGUGGGGCAGUGUUUCUGAUCAUCCUCUUCUGCUUCAUUCCGGUGCCCUUUCUGAGCUGCUUUGUGGAGGAUCAGUGUAAGGCGUUCCCUCACCAUGAGUUUGUGGCCCUCAUUGGAGCCCUGCUUGCCAUUUGCUGCAUGAUCUUCUUGGGCUUUGCGGAUGAUGUUCUCAAUCUGCGCUGGCGCCACAAGCUGCUUCUGCCCACCAUGGCUUCCUUGCCCCUCCUCAUGGUCUACUUCACCAACUUUGGGAACACCACAAUCGUGGUGCCCAAGCCCUUCCGGAUGUUGCUGGGCAUGCACCUGGACCUGGGCAUUUUGUACUAUGUGUACAUGGGCAUGCUGGCUGUGUUCUGUACCAACGCAAUCAACAUUCUUGCUGGCAUUAAUGGCCUGGAGGCUGGGCAGUCGCUGGUGAUCGCUGCCUCAAUUGUCACUUUCAACAUCAUAGAGCUCAAAGGAGACUGCCGAGAUGACCACGUUUUCUCUCUCUACUUCAUGAUUCCCUUUUUCUUUACCACGUUGGGGCUGCUGUACCACAACUGGUAUCCGUCCCGCGUGUUUGUGGGUGACACCUUCUGCUAUUUCGCUGGCAUGACCUUUGCUGUGGUGGGGAUCCUCGGGCAUUUCAGCAAAACCAUGCUCCUCUUCUUCAUUCCACAAGUGCUCAACUUCCUCUACUCGUUGCCUCAGCUCUUACACAUCAUUCCCUGCCCGCGCCACCGGCUGCCCAGAUUCAACCUGGACACAGGAAACCUAGAGAUGAGCUAUUCCAGAUUCAAGCCCAAGAGCCUCUCUCCCUUGGGAGCAAAUAUCCUCAAGAUAGCCGAGAAACUCCAGCUAGUGGAUGUGCGUCGAGGAGUGGACAAAGAUGGAGAAUACACUGAAUGCAAUAACAUGACGCUCAUUAACUUUGUGAUAAAGCUUAUAGGACCAACCCCUGAGAGAACCCUGACUGUUCUGCUAUUGCUGAUGCAGGUUGGAGGCAGCAUCAUUGCCUUUUCCAUCCGGUACCAGCUUGUCAGAUUGUUCUAUGAUGUCUGAGCUGCCCUGCCCAUGUUGGUGUUGCUCAUGGUGCGUCUCGUGGCCCCCUCCCACCUACGUGGCCCAUAGUGCACUUGACCUGGGGCAGUCGGCCUUCCGCCCUGAGAGACAGAAAGGUGUUUGCAAGGGCCUUUUGGCAUGCACAGGUGUCUUGUGGGCUUUUUUGUGUCCUGUUUCAACAGCAUCCGCUGCUCCUGCUAUUACAAGACCUGCACACUCUCUCACUCUGUGUGUGUGUGUGUGUGUGUGGUGUGUGUGUGUACACACCAGCUCUCUCCUGUAUACCGAUAGAAGAUGUAAUAUGGCGGUGGGGGGGAAGGGUUGGCUUUUGAAUGUUUUUUCUCCACUAGCACAUCAGGCUGCUAUCUUGAAAGACGUAUAAAGCAAACAAGCAAAACUGCACAUGAGCAGAAGUAAGCUCUCCCUCUUGCAAUGCUCCGUCGUGCAAGCCUCGUCCAGCAGAGAGAGCCCUACUUUACACUCUAGCCGUGUGCACACACACCCCGACUGCUACAACCUGCGCGAACAAAGCUAGGAAACAGCCGCCUCCCUGUAAAGGUACUCGCAACUGCUUGAGCAAAGGGCUGCACUAUCAAGAUCUCAAUCAAAGCACCAGACAGCUUGGGUUGGGAAGAGAAGGUGUGGGUUUUGUAAAUGCUGUUCCUCUUGUUGCCUGUGCAGUUCUCUUCUGGUGAAGGUCUUUAUUUUUUCAUGAUAAUGCGGUGCCAAAAAAGCAGUCCCCCCCCCCCCCAGCAUACACACAUAGCCGGGGGAAGUCUGAUUGAGCCUGGUGUGACUGGCUUCACCUCAAGCCUGCUUACGGUCCUGCUGUUAGCCCCCUCAGAACUGCUCCUCCAAACCAUUUCUGUACUGCUGUCCACCUCCCUACCACAAAUCCCAAUGAAGAUGUUUCUCUGUGCUUCUUCUCUCUUCUGCUGUCUUGUGCUUAUAACAUUCAUGUUGGAACUGAACUUAGCAUUGAGGAGGGAAGAAGGAGCUGGCGACGGCUUCAGUGAGUUGGGAGUGACGUUUUAUGUGGGAACUAGGAAUGUGAGAAAACCCAAAACCAAAGUGACACAGUAGCUAGCCUUCAGUUAGGAGGUAGGACAAAUGACACCCCCACCCGAAGAGACUGAAUGGGGGAGAGAAAUGAGUCCUUACUGGGAGAAAGAAGCAGGUGAAAUAGCUGUGUGGGAGUUCUGAAGAGUCAUCCAAGGCACAGCGGAUUUUUCAAACUAUUUCAGCCAUGUUUCCCCCCAGAAGAUCUAUCCUGAGUGCUCUCCACCUCCCCUACUAGAAAAACCAAGGGAGACCCCUCCCCCAGGUUGUUGGGGCCCCUAGGAUUCUGCCUGCCCCCUCCCAGUGCUACUUCUUCUCCAGCAGCCCUGUGCUCCCUGUUCCUAGUUCUUAUUCAUACAAAAACGUAGCCCUUUCCGCAUGGAUGUGAUGAAAUGGUGGGGGAGGGGAACUCUUAAGAAGGAGGCCCUUUUGUCACCUGACUGGUGAGUGCCUAAUUUGUUUAACGUGGCCCUACAGGCCUUCAGCAAGUGACCUGAAGGCCCUGCAGUUAGCCUCACACAAGCAAGGCUUGGUAAUGCAGGUAUCCAAGGUGCCACUCAGCAAAGUGAGCAGGCUAGGCUGUGCAUGCAACAGGGCUGCCUUCCUGCAUUUUGAAGCAAGUGAAGUAAUAGCGCAUUUACCAUUUAAAGAUUGGUGGGGGAAGGGAUAUGCCCAGAGCUGCUGGUAAGAGUUUUCCAGGGUGUGUGCUGCAAUUACGUUCAAUCCUAGCACCAUCAUGACUACAGGAAUAAAAUUAUGUUUGUGUCUGCUGAUCUUAAACUAAACACAUUUCCUGGGGCAUAAGCAGUAUUUUGGUGUAGAAAAGGAUAAUAUAUUUUUAAUAAAAAAAUGUGUAACUAUGAACAUGA